GGUGUGUCUCGUGUUUGUACGCGUCUCUCAAAACCACUGUACACACUCGAAGUGGCCCUAGUUUUCACAUUAAUGGCUUCCACGAUUGGAACAAUACAUUUGGGGGUCAAUCAUCAUCGACAACAUCAUCAUCAAUCUCUCACUGCGCUUUAUUUUUGCUAUACAAUUUUGACUUGUAGUAGUAGUGAUUGAGACUGUUGUUAGAAUCAGAAUGUUGAGUUGUGGAAUCAACUCCGAUUUGCCUCCGAUUCCACAGUGUCUGCCAUUGGAACCGAUUAAUCUGAGCAACCAGAAAUACACUCGAUCUGGAGAGCUUAGGAGGGUUCUUGGUGUUUCUAUUGGGACUGGUAAUAAUGCUUUGGAGGACUGUUGUUUGAAGAAUCACCCUCCUGUGGCCACUGAGGAACUGAAGAAUUUCAAGGAUUGUGUUCAAGAUGGUUCUAGAAAGGCCAGGGAUAGAGCAAAAAUGUUGAGUGAAUCCAUAUCUAAACUGGAUAAGUAUAGGAAAGCUUUAAUAAGCUCAAAAAAGCGACAGAGGAAUGAUCUCUUAUCAAACGAAAGGUCAGGUGGAGCAAGUGUGUCAAAGGUGGGAAGUCAAAUUCUUCGAAAUCCUAAUGAUCAUGCAACUCAAAGAUUUGAGGAUAAAACAACUCGGACCACUGGGCUUGGGCUUAAGAAGCGCAUUCGAACUUCAAUGGCAGAUGGUCAAUCAUCUGUUGUCUUGAAGCAGCAGAUUUUCAUGGAAAAGGAUAGAGAAGUGCUUAAGGCUGGUUGUACGGGGGAUAUUCAGAUUGAAGAAAAGAUUCAGAGAUUGCCUGCGGGUGGAGGAUGGGAGAAAAAAAUGAAAAGGAAAAGAUCAAUUGGAGUAGGUAUUACUAAUAGAGCCAUAAAUGGCGAGCAAGAUAUGAAAAGAGACACGCAAAAGCCAAAUGCUGAUACCAAAUUGCGAUCUUGUGAUGCUCUUGGUAUAAGAGCAAGAUCUUCACCAGGAUUGAGUGGAAUUGACAAGUUGGAUGAGUCUUUUGAGCCUGUUAGUUCGCAGUCUUGUACAGUACUGAGGAAUGAACUGGAAACUGUCCCUUCUCCAAAGGACCGUACAACCAUCUUAGAGGAAAGGAUUUCAGUUAAGGGUAUCAAUAAGCUCAGUAUCCACAAGGAGAAGCCAGCAGGCAGUCCCAGCACUGUGACAAAAGGGAAGGUUUCUAGAGCUCAAAGAACAGGUUCUAUCAUGAAUAUGGAGCCCUCUCCUCAAGGUCAUCCCUCAUCUGGAGCUCGUGAGGGCUCGGAACUACCUACAACUGAAAAUAAAGUUCCACCAUUAGGCAUGACAAAUAAUCACAAGCGUCCAAUGUCUACAGGUUCAUCUGCUCAUCCCAUGACUCAUUGGGUUCGCAAGAGACCACAUAAAAUCUCACGCACAAGGAGAUCGAAUCUUGUUUCUCAUGUCAUAAACAAUGAUGAAGACCAGAUCUCAUCUCAGGGCUUUGCAGCAUCUGAUCUUAGCUCUAGAUAUUCUUCUCAUGUGGACAACAAUAACCCAAAGUUAAAAAUGAAACUUGGGAGUAUUCCAUCUCCUAUUGGAUUAUCUGAAGGUGAAGAGUCUGGAGGUGGGGGAAGCCAAUUGAAAGGAAAAGGCGCAGAUAAUGGCGAGGUUUCUGUAAAUGCAGAUCAUAAUGAUGGGCCUUCUAUAUUGCUUUCAAGGAAGAACAAAAUACCUGUUAAGGAAGAAAUUGGAGAAGAUAUUCAUAGUCAAGGAAAAGUUGGAAGCUUUUUGUCCUCAAGUAAACCAGUUGUCACUCACACAAGAGAGGAAGGAGAAAAGUUUUCUACAACAAAGCAACUUCAAAGCAUCAAGCGUGGUUUUGACAAGAACAAAAGUAAAUCGGGUCGUCCACCUUCAAAGAAGCUGAAGGAUCGUAAAACUUCUACUCGUGCUGGGCUAGUGUUAAAUAGUUCUUCAGACUUUACAGGUGAAUCAGAUGAUGAUCAUGAACAAAUAUUAGCUGCUGCAAAUGCUGCUCGUAAAGCUAGCUACCUUGCCUGUUCGGGGCAGUUUUGGAAGAAAAUAGAAUACAUUUUUGCUUCCGUCAGCUCACAGGACACAUCAUACCUGAAGCAACAGCUUUCUUUUGCUGAGGAGCUAAAUGAGAGCCUGUCUCGGAUGUUUGGUGAUGAAUAUAAUACUUCGGGUGCUCUCAAUCAUGAAGAAGUUAAUUAUUAUUCUCGUGGAACACAUGGAGUCUGCUCAAAUCAAGAAUCAUCCGAAAGUGAUGCAUUUUGUGAAAGAGUUGACAUGGGAAGGAAACUGGACAAAGUUCCUUCACUGUUUCAAAGGGUUCUCUCUGCUUUGAUUGAAGAAGAUGAAAGUGAAGAAUUUUACCACCAGAAUGAUGGGAUAAAUAUAUCCUUUCAGUGUGCAAGUGAUGAUUCACAUUGUGGUUCGUGUAACCAUAUUGAUGUUGAGCCUAAAGAUAGGGACAGAAUGGAAUCUGAAGUUGAGUCAGAAGCGGGUCUGCAGAUUCAGAAGCAUUGCUUUUUGGACAGAUUUUCUUGUAAUAAGAGUGCUUCAUCUAAUACAUAUAGUAACCGAAGUGUAUCCAGUUCUUUAUGUAACAAUGAACAGUGGCAAGCAGACGAUGGUUUGUCUCAUUUAGAUUCAGGAUUUGUCUCUAGGAUUCCUCAGAAUGCUCUGAGUGUGCCACAUCCUACACAAACAAAUGUGUCUGAUAGUUCUUCCGUACACUGCCAGUAUCAGAUGCUGUGCUUUGAUGACAGAUUGCUUCUGGAGCUACAGAGCAUUGGCUUGUGUCCUGAGACAAUGACUGAUCUAGCAGCGGGACAAGAAAGGAUUAAUCAAGAUAUUAUGGAACUCCAAGGAGGCCUGUUCCAGCAGGUGGGAAGACUUAAGAAAAAUUUGGGGGAAAUUGAUAAAGCUAUUCAAUAUGCUAGAGAUUUGGAAAGACGGGACAUCGAACAGGUUGCAAUGAACAAACUGGUUGAGAUGGCUUACAAAAAACGCAUGGCUUAUCGAGGUAGUAAUUCUUCAAAAAGUGUGAUUCGUAAGGUUUCGAAACAGGUUGCCUUGGCUUUUGUCAAGCGUACUCUUGCUAGAUGCAAGAAAUUUGAAGAUACAGGGAGGAGUUGCUUUAGUGAGCCUCAUCUACAGGGUGUUAUCUUCCCUGCACAUUCAUGCAACAGUGAUGCACAAUCUAUUGAUUGUGUUGCCUCAGGGACUGCUAGUAAUACAUAUGAUGAAGCUUUCAACCAUAAAGCCGAAGCCAAGAGUUCAGCCACUGGUGCAGUCUGCAGUACUUUCAAGAGACCUGAUUCUCGAAUUAAUAAUGCGGAUCGAGGUUCUUCAGAUGCAUUGGGUGCUAUCAGUCCAUCUGAAAUUGGUCUUUUUAAGCAAGAACCCAUUUUAAACAAGGGCGACAAAAGGGAAGUUUUGCUUGAUGAUGUUGUUGGCAGUGCUUUCCCAAAACUCUCAGUUAUAGGCAGUAAACCCCACUGCUGGGUGAUGGAAAAGAACAAUGUGAGAGAUAAGGAGCAAAACAGAGAUAUAUUACCUAGUGAUUCUGUCUCUGGAUUUGGUUAUCCAUCACUAGGCAGCUUUAGGAGCGAGCAAAAAUCAAGAGCAAAGCCGAAGCAACAAACAAAUCAUUUGCCAACUUCAGGAAAUGGACUGCAGGCUAGUUUUAUGGGGCUGCCAGCUGCUGUUAAUGUUCCUCGGGAUUCAUCUAAAGAGGCAGAAAAAACAAUUGAUUUUGCAAACUUACAGCUAAAUGAAUUAGAUUCUAUCGAACUACGUGUGCCCAAUGAGCUUGCUGGGCAUCAAGAUCUGAGUUCUUGGUUGAACUUUGAUGAAGACGGUUUGCAAGACCAUGACUCUAUGGGUCUUGAAAUACCCAUGGAUGACCUCUCAGAGUUGAACAUGCUUAUUUAAAGGCCAUCUACAGUUGAAUAUGGAAAACUAUCAGCAAGUAUGUAACUAACUGGUCAAGCUGUGGCACACAAGUCAGAAAUUGUAAUUGUUGGUAGUACAUUCUUUGGCAUAGUUUUUUGAAGGACGUAAUUGAAAUAUCCUACCUUGGCAUUGUGUGAAAUUCUGCUUCAAUUUAAUUUACAACAGAAAUGUUGAGGCCUCUGAAAGUUGAAUGAAUAUAUUUCAUUACUCUUCAUUAUUCAA